AUGGCUUCGAGUGUAUUGCCGGGUGCUCUAGGACGCUAUGAGGAUGGAUAUAACAGGAAGGACAAUGAUGAGGACACAGUCCAGGAGUACAACACGCCAGAAUCACCGAGCCGCGAUGUAGAUGGCAAGGCCUUAUCGCCAAGUCUGAGAAAGGAUGAUUGUCAAAACCAGUCAAGUCUCGACAGCGACCUAGAGAGGAAGGAUAGUGAAGGAAACCCAAGGGCGCAUAUCUUCCUCGGCAAACCUAUGUCAGUUAUUCAUGAGCUGGCGUUUUUCGCCGUAGUGUCAACAGCCAAUUUUACACCGCAUUCCGGAUUCCAUCAAGCUCUCUGUAUCCUUCGCCUCAUAGGUUCUGAUCUAGGAGCCACGAACCCGGGACAGCUCGUAUGGCCUAUCGCUGGAUACGGCCUAACGGGGACGUUCAUCUUGCUAGCAGGCCGCCUCGGAGACAUGUACGGCCAUAAGCUCAUCUUCCUCAUCGGAAAUGCGUGGUUCGCGCUGUUCUCACUUGCCGCCGGUUUAUCUAUAUACGCGCCUCGGCCCUACGCUGUCUUCCUUUUUGCACGAAUAAUGCAAGGUCUCGGCCCAGCACUGAUAGUCCCGAACGCUGUAGCGCUGUUGGGAGUCACCUAUGUGCCUGGGCAACGAAAGGCUAUGUUAUUUGCCAUCUUUGGGGCUAUGGCUCCAGCUUCCGCUAUCAUCUCUCCGGCGUUUACAAGCCUAUUGGCAUUGGCGUGGUGGCCCUAUGCUUUUUUUGCUUUGUCCUUUCUACUGAUCUUCACUACUCUCAUCGGUGCUCUUAUCAUCCCCAAUGAGUUGUCCCCGGAAAGAAAUAGAGCUUCACCAGGAGGGUUCAAAGCAUUGUGCGUUGAGCUGGAUAUCGCCGGCGCCCUAACAGGGGUCAGUGGCCUUAUUCUUAUCAGCGUUUCCUGGAAUCAAGCGUCUGUCAAGGGCUGGCAGAACCCAUGCAUUCCCGGGCUUUUGAUAACUGGAGCCCUGCUAUGCGUGAGUUUUGUCUUUGUUGAGAAGUACGCCAGCAAGCCUUUGAUACCACUCGAAGCCGUCAAUUCUGGAGUAUUUUUCGUCCUAGGCGCCGUCUUUUGCGGCUGGGGCUGCUUUGGGAUUUAUAUCUAUUAUAUCUGGGGAUUCUAUGAAGUCCUGCGUGGCGCGCCGCCUCUCCUAGCCACGGCGAUGCAUAGUCCGAUCCUUGUCAGUGGCAUUGCGGCAGCCAUUACUACAGGUAUCAUCAUUCACCGUGUUGGACCGGCGGUCGUGAUGGCCCUCGCAUUAUUAGCCUUUACUGUCGGGACCACCCUCAUUGCAACAGCCCCUAUUCAACAGACGUACUGGACACAGACCUUCCUCUGCAACCUGAUUAUUACUUGGGGGAUGGAUUUAAGCUUUCCGGCGGCUACACUCAUGCUUUCGGACUUGGUAUCUAGCGAGCAUCAAGGCAUCGCAGCCAGCUUAGUUACCACAGUUGUGAACUAUAGUGGCGCGCUUGCGUUAGGCGUUGCUGGAACCGUUGAGCUUCACGUGAAUAACGGCGGAGUUACCCCCGAAGACAUCUUGAAGGGGUAUAGAGGAGCUUGGUACGUGGCCAUCGGUCUGGGCAUAGUUGGCCUUGUCUUAUGCUUAAUUUUCGCCUGGAAAUUUUCGAAGCGCCAAAAGAAAGCUAAAGUUGAGGAGAAACCUCAGGUGUCUCUAUGACAUUGUUCAAUACCUGGUGGUAGGACGGGAAAACACUGGCCCCGAGACUUGAACCGACCGGAGUUGAUAGCGUUGUAAUUAAAAUUCAUUGGCAAUUCAAAAGGGGAGAGUGUCCCGAUAAUCCUUGGCAACGGAAAAUAAGCCCUGUUGGUAUGAAUAUUUUUUUUCUUCCGGCAGCUACUGUAACCGAUGUUGCUCACGUUUCAAGCCGAUAGAAGUGGCGUAUACGGGACGGUGCGAGAAGAGUGAAUAGAACAGCCUAGUGCGUGUCUAGUGACGAAGACGAUGGCAGGCAACCACCUAAAUGAUCUUUCUCUUAUUGGUAUGAUUGAAAUGGAUUCACUUACAUAGUACAUAUUG